AAAUCGGGGUUAUUAAUAUCUGAUAUGAGUCACUGCUGAAAAAGUUUUCUUUGCAGGCUCCCUCGCGAGAGGAAGGGGCGAGAUUUGAAGUCACGGCGAGGAUUGGAAGGCAGCGCUCACUCCUCAGGUCCCACAGCGGCAGACCCAUCAGCAGGAGAAUCGGCAGAAUGCAGGAUCCAAACCAUCCCCAUCGCCUUUUUUCCACAUGCGCCAUGAAGGGGACGCUUUGAUCCACAUGAUUUUUUUCGCCUUGGCGCCCCUCUUGUUUUUGACCCUGGAUUUUGCUGUUUACUUUUGCAAGAUUCUUUACUGUAACUGCUGUUGACAUCGACAAUAUUUAACUUCUUUUUUUUUUUUUCGUUCCUUGCUCGCGGUCGAAGACUUUUUCUCCGACUGGGGAGAAGGUACGGUAAACUUUUAAUAUCAAGCGCAUGCUUAUGCACAAACCACUGUGAGGGGAAAAGAGUGAGAGAGAGAGAGAGAGUGAGAGAACUCCGAGUACGCAAGCGACUGAAAAACCGUUAAUCGCACUCCACUGAACCCCUGCACCCCCCGCCCCCUUUCCAAAAAUUACAGUUGGGUCAUCCCGUCUUGGACACCAAGAAGUGGACAAUCGGGCAAAGGACUCUUUAUUAUUAUCAUUAUUGUUUUUUUAUUAUUACUUUAAAUAAACGCCGCUGCGCUCCUCCAGGAAAACGAGGAAGCGCAAAUAAUUCUCUGCACUAUGAGGCCGGGGUGGAUGCUGACCCUUUUUGUGGGAUUUGCGGCUGUCCGAUAUUCUUCUGGCAAAGCCGAUGAAGGUGCAGCGGAUCCAGACGUGGUGAAAGCCAGCGAACCACGGGCCAGCAGAGCCAAGAGAAAGGGAGGCGUCCAGGAUGUGCUAAAGGGACCAAAUGUUUGUGGAUCACACUACAAUGCCUACUGCUGUCCAGGAUGGAAAACCCUGUCAGGCGGAAACCAGUGCAUCGUCCCAAUUUGCCGAAGCUCCUGUGGUGAUGGCUUCUGCUCCAGACCCAACAUGUGUACUUGCACCAAUGGCCAGCUAGCACCCUCCUGUGGAUCAAAGUCAGUUCAACACUGCAAUAUCAGGUGCAUGAAUGGAGGCUCCUGUGCCGAAGACCAGUGCUUGUGCCAGAAGGGGUACAUUGGACAACACUGCGGCCAGCCCGUCUGUGAAAAUGGAUGUUUGAACGGAGGAAGAUGCGUGGCUCCAAACCGCUGUGCUUGUACCUAUGGAUUUACUGGGACACAGUGUGAGAGAGAUUACCGGACCGGGCCCUGCUUCUCCUCCGUAAACAAUCAGAUGUGCCAGGGCCAGCUCACCGGCAUCGUCUGCACCAAGACUCUCUGCUGUGCCACAGUGGGACGAGCCUGGGGACACCCCUGCGAGAUGUGUCCAGCCCAGCCGCACCCGUGUCGCCGAGGCUUCAUCCCCAACAUCCGCUCAGGAGCCUGUCAAGAUGUAAAUGAGUGUGAAGCCAUUCCCGGCCUCUGUCAUGGAGGAAACUGCAUAAACACAGUGGGAUCCUUUGAGUGCAAGUGCCCAGCCGGCCAUCGAUUUAAUGAAGUGACGCAGAAGUGUGAAGAUGUUGACGAGUGUCUCACUGUCCCUUCCGUCUGUGAUGUGGGAGAAUGUUCAAACACCAUUGGAAGUUACAUCUGCAAUUGCCCGCAGGGUUACUACUCCCCUCCUGACAGGUCCCGAUGCAUCGAUGCCCGUGGAGGACAUUGUUAUUUAAGCCUGUUGAACGGUCGCUGUGGCAAUGAGCAACAACAGACCAAGACGAAAACUCAGUGCUGCUGUGACAGUGGACGAUGCUGGGCUUAUGUAGGGAUUCCGGAAAUGUGCCCCAUGCGUGGAACAGAGGAAUACAGAAAGCUCUGCACCAGUCUUCCAGAGUUGUAUCCACCUAAUGGACGACCCAUUCCGCCUGACCAGCAGCCUUAUCCUCCAGAUAGUCGACCACUGCCUCCCGAUAGUCGGCCACUGCCUCCCGACAGUCGGCCAUACCCUCCGGACAGUCGGCCAUACCCUCCGGACAGUCGGCCAUACCCUCCAGACAGCCGGCCAUACCCUCCGGACAGUCGGCCAUACCCUCCAGAUUGGCAACCAGAUGGGCGCUACCCUAUCGUUCCACAAAAUAUAUCCGAUGCCUGCCAGAGAUAUCGAAACCUGUGCCUGAAUGGCCGCUGUAUUCCGAUACCUGGGAGCUAUCGAUGUGAAUGCAAUAUGGGAUUUAGGCUGGACAUCAGGGGCGAGUGCAUUGAUGAUGAUGAAUGCGAACGAAAUCCCUGCGCCAAUGCUGAUUGUAUCAAUACUCAAGGAUCAUAUUUCUGCCAGUGCCAUUCUGGCUUUCAGUCUACAGCCACGAGGACAGAGUGCCGGGAUCUCGACGAAUGUGUGGCAAACGGAAGAAUCUGUAACAACGGCCGCUGUGUUAACACCGAGGGAAGUUUCCACUGUGUGUGCAAUGCAGGAUUUGAGGUGACUGCGGACAAGAGGAACUGUGAAGACUUGGACGAAUGCCUCAUCAGGAAUAUCUGCCUCAACGGGAUGUGCAUUAACGAAGGUGGCAGCUUCAAAUGCAUUUGCAAAUCCGGCUUCCAGUUGUCAGCAAAUGGGAGGUUUUGCACAGACAUCAAUGAGUGUGAAGUACCAGGCAUCUGCAUGAAUGGACGCUGUGUGAACACUGAAGGCUCCUACCGAUGUGAAUGUCUUCCAGGCCUGGCCGUCGGUCUGGAUGGUCGUGUCUGUGUUGACACGCACAUGCGCAGCACCUGUUACAGAGGGUACUCGAGGGGCCAGUGCAUCACGCCUUUCAAUGGCGCCUUCACCAAGUCUACCUGCUGCUGUUUCAACACCGAGUUUGCCUUUGGAGAGCCUUGCCAGCCGUGCCCAGCCCAGAACACAGGCGAAUUCCUGGCUCUUUGUCCUCACGGAGCUGGCCGUUCAUCUACUGGAGAAGAUAUAAAUGAGUGCCUCCUGGACCCUGACAUCUGCCAAUAUGGAGUUUGUGAAAACUUAAUUGGCUCCUACCGGUGCAAGUGCAACCCAGGAUAUGAAGUGGACUAUACUGGAAAAACCUGCACUGAUAUCGACGAGUGUAGUUUGCGUAGUCAACUGUGUGACAAUGGGCUCUGCAGAAACACGCCUGGAAGUUACAGUUGCUCCUGUCAGAAGGGCUACGUAUUCAAACCAGAGACCGAAGUCUGCGAAGACAUCAACGAGUGUGAGUCUAAUCCCUGUGUCAAUGCGGACUGUAAGAACACCCCUGGCUCGUUUUUUUGUGAAUGUGCCCUGGGGAGCACGCUGGAUGAAUCCAAAACUGUUUGCGUUGAAACCAGCAAAGGGACCUGCUGGCUGAAGAUCAGCAAUGGCCGAUGUGAGAUUAACAUCAACGGAGAGACGCUCAGGUCUCAUUGCUGUUCCACUGUGGGGGCGGCCUGGGGAAGCCCUUGUACUCCGUGUGUACCAGACCAGUACUGCAGAAGAGGCUUUGCAAGAAUCAAAGGAACAACAUGCCAAGAUGUCAACGAAUGUGAAGUAUUUCCUGACAUCUGCACCAACGGGCGAUGUGAAAAUACGGAUGGCUCCUUCAUUUGUAGAUGUCUUCCUGGAAUGACUCUGGAUAGCACCGGGAGGGUCUGUAUCGAUACACGCAAGGAAGUGUGUUACUUCAAGCACGAAGACGAACGCUGCUCCUCUCCAAUACCUGGCAAGCUUCUGCUGAGCUCGUGCUGCUGCUCAGUGGGCGCCGCUUGGGGUCCGGAGUGCGAUGAAUGUCCAGAGAAAGGCAGUCCAGAGUACUUGGAGCUCUGCCCUCGGGGUCCCGGCUUUUCUACGAAGGAUGACUUUGGUGGGAAGCCAGUUCUGAAAGAUAUCAAUGAGUGUAAGAUGAUUCCAAACUUGUGCACCAACGGCAAGUGCAGAAACACCAUCGGCAGCUUCAAGUGCAAAUGUGACAGCGGCUUUGCGUUGGACUCUGAAGAAAGAAACUGCACAGAUAUCGACGAGUGCCGAAUUUCACCGGAUGUCUGCGGCCAUGGCUCCUGUGUCAACACGCUAGGAGACUUCGAAUGCAAGUGUCUGGAAGGCUAUGAGAGUGGCUUUAUGAUGAUGAAGAACUGCAUGGAUAUUGACGAGUGUGAAAGGAAUCCACUGUUGUGCCGUGGCGGAGAGUGCACCAACACCCAGGGGAGCUUCCAGUGUGUCUGUCCUCCGGGCCACGAGGUUUCAGUCGAUGGAUCCGCCUGUUUAGAUGUUAAUGAGUGUGGACUGAGUGACAAUCUUUGCAGGAAUGGCCAGUGUGUGAAUGUGGCUGGAAAAUUCUAUUGUGUGUGUAACACUGGAUACAGCUCGACGGUGGACCGCUUGUCAUGCAUAGAUAUUGACGAGUGCACCAUACAGAAUGGCGGAUGUGAAGCCUUUUGCACCAAUUCAGAGGGCAGCUAUGAGUGCAGCUGUCGGGUCGGGUUUGCCCUGAUGCCCGAUCAGAGGAGCUGUACAGACAUCGACGAGUGUGAAGACAACCCAGAGAUCUGCGAUGGCGGACAGUGUACCAACCUUCCUGGCGAAUACCGCUGUCUGUGUUACGAUGGAUUCAUGUCAUCUGAAGAUAUGAAAACGUGCCUGGAUGUCGACGAGUGUGAACUCAAUCCAGAAAUCUGCCUCAGUGGGAGCUGUGAGAACACCAAAGGUUCCUUCAUUUGCCACUGCGACAUGGGCUACUCGGUGAAGAAAGGGACGACUGGUUGUACAGAUAUCAAUGAGUGUGAGAUUGGCGCCCAUAACUGCGAUCGACACGCGACUUGCACCAACACGCCUGGGAGCUUCAAGUGCCGAUGUAGCACCGGAUGGAUUGGAAAUGGAAUCAAAUGCACAGAUUUGGAUGAGUGCUCAAAUGGCACCCACAUGUGCAGCGCUCAUGGCGAAUGCAAGAACACCAUGGGCUCGUAUCGAUGUGUCUGCAAGGAAGGCUAUUCCGGAGAUGGCUUCAUCUGCUCAGACAUUGAUGAGUGUGCUGAGAACAUAAAUCUGUGUGACCACGGCCACUGUCUCAACAUUCCCGGUGGGUACCGUUGUGACUGUGAGAUGGGUUUCGCUCCGACAUUGGACAAAACAGAAUGCCAAGAUAUCGAUGAAUGUGGUUUCCCUGAAAUCUGUGUCUUUGGGACGUGUCAUAACCUUCCAGGAUUUUACCGAUGUGAGUGCGACACGGGAUAUGAGCUGGAUAAAACCGGUGGGAACUGCACAGAUGUCAACGAAUGCAACGAUCCUACGACUUGCAUCAGUGGAGUGUGCGUCAACACACCUGGCAGCUACAUCUGCAAUUGUCCUCCAGAUUUUAGACUCAACCCAACUGGUGUUGGCUGCGUUGACACUCGAAUAGGGAAUUGCUUCCUGGAUUACAGGCAAAGAGGAGACGCCUCCGAUGUUUAUGAGUGCAACACCGAAAUUGGUGUUGGAGUCGCUAAAGCCACCUGCUGCUGUUCACAAGGCCGAGCCUGGGGUACCCCGUGCCAGUUGUGCCCAGCAGUCAAUUCCUCGGAUUACAAAAUCCUGUGUCCUGGUGGCGAAGGCUUCCGACCGAACCCGAUCACCGUCAUCUUGGAAGAUAUCAAUGAAUGCCAGGAACUGCCGGGCUUGUGCCAAGGUGGCCAGUGCAUUAACACCUUUGGCAGUUUCCAGUGUGAAUGCCCACGAGGAUACUACCUAAGUGAAGAGACGCGGGUGUGCGAAGAUGUUAAUGAGUGCGAGGCACCUGGCAUAUGUGGUCCUGGAAGAUGUUACAACACAAUUGGCAACUACACCUGCAUAUGUCCACCCGAUUACAUGCAAGUCAAUGGAGGAAACAACUGCAUGGACAUGAGAAAAAGUAUGUGCUAUAGAGACUACCAUUCAGACAACGGAACUUGUAACGAUGAGCUGCCGUUCAACGUCACCAAGAAAAUAUGCUGCUGCUCUUACAAUGUCGGAAGAGCCUGGAAUAAACCGUGCGAGCAGUGUCCACUGCCUGGAACCAAUGAGUUUACAAUCCUUUGUGGAAGUUCAAGACCAGGAUUUGUCAUUGGAAUCACAGGGGUACCUGAAGAUAUCGAUGAAUGCAGAGACAUCCAUGGACUGUGUGAGUUUGGCCUUUGCAUCAAUAUGAUCGGCAGCUUCAUGUGCGAAUGUCCAUUAGGCUUCCUCUACAACGACAAGCUCCUCAUCUGUGAAGACAUCGAUGAAUGCCAGAAUGGGCCGGUGUGUCAAAGAAAUGCAGUCUGUACCAACAUCCCAGGCAGCUACCGCUGUGAAUGCAAGCCCGGUUACAGAUUCACCCCAACGGGACAGUGUGUCGAUCGCAACGAGUGCCUGGAGAUCCCGAACGUCUGCAGUCACGGACAGUGCAUCGACACGGUGGGAAGCUUCCGGUGCACCUGCCAUAAUGGCUUUAAGACGACUCCUGAUCAAACCAUGUGUGUCGAUGUCGAUGAAUGUGAAAGGCUACCCUGUGGCAACGGGACAUGCAAGAACACCGUGGGCUCUUACAACUGUUUGUGCUACCCAGGAUUUGAACUCUCGCACAACAACGACUGCGUGGAUGUGGAUGAAUGCACGACGGUUCGCAACCUCUGUAGGAAUGGGAAUUGUUUAAACACCAUUGGAUCUUUCCACUGCGUGUGCCGUGAUGGUUACGAACUUACAUAUGAUGGUCGAAACUGUGUGGAUAUUAAUGAGUGUCUUGUGAACCCAAAUACAUGUGGAGCAGGAACCUGUCAAAAUCUCGAUGGAUCCUACAGAUGUAUCUGCCCACCCGGCUAUGAACUGACACAGGAGACAUGUCAAGAUAUCGACGAGUGUGCCAUCACCUCUGACUACUGCAUCUUUGGCACCUGCACCAACACGCUUGGGAGUUUCAAGUGUCAGUGUUCAGAUGGCUUUGAGUUGUCACCAAAUGGAAGAAUAUGCAUAGAUAUGAGAAGACACUUCUGCUAUACGAAGUUUGAAAACGGACAGUGCUCUUCUCCGAAAUCUAAGAACAUAACCAAGAGAGAGUGCUGCUGCAGUGCAUCACCAGGCGAAGGCUGGGGUAGUCCUUGUGAAAUCUGCCCUAAACGUGGAGAAGAAACAUUCGGCACAUUCUGCAAUGAAGCUUUCCAGCAACAUCCCUCGCUUCCACCUCCUGAUAUAGAUGAGUGCUCAUCUGAUCCAGAGCUCUGCAUGAAUGGAGAAUGCAUCAACACAGAUGGGUCUUACCGGUGUGAAUGUGGAUUUGGCUUCACUCUGGACCCCGGUAACAUCAAGUGUGAAGAUACAGAUGAGUGCUCCGUGGGCAACCCCUGUGGUAAUGGCACCUGUACCAAUGUUGUCGGAGCAUUCGAAUGCACGUGCGAUGAAGGCUUUGAACCCGGACCUAUGAUGACUUGUGAAGAUGUCAAUGAAUGUGCUCUGAAUCCCCUGCUCUGUGCCUUCCGAUGCGUGAACACGUAUGGCUCCUACGAAUGCAAGUGUCCAGCAGGCUACGUUCUCCGCGAGGACCGACGAAUGUGCCGAGAUCAAGAUGAAUGUGAAGACGGAAUCCAUGAUUGUGAAACCAGGGGAAUGCUGUGUAAAAAUUUAAUCGGCACGUACAUGUGCAUCUGCUCUUCCGGUUUUGUGCGGUCGUCAGAUGGAGAGAAGUGUAUCGAUAAAAAUGAAUGUCAAGCUAAACCCGGGGUCUGUGAAAAUGGCCGAUGUAUCAACACUGUGGGCAGUUACAGAUGUGACUGUCAUGAAGGAUUCAUAGCCAGCAGCACACAGACAGAAUGCAUCGACAAUCGCCAAGGCUUCUGUUUUACUGAAGUCCUUCAGAAUAUGUGCCAGAUGACUUCAAGCAACCGCAACGCGGUCACAAAGUCAGAAUGUUGCUGUGAUGGAGGGCGUGGCUGGGGACCCAAUUGUGAAAUCUGCCCUCUGACGGGCACCGCGCAGUAUAAAAAGAUGUGCCCACGCGGCCCUGGCUACACGACGGAUGGAAAAGAUAUUGACGAGUGCCGUGUCAUUGGAGGUCUUUGUCGAAAUGGAGUGUGCGUAAAUAACGAGGGAUCCUUCAACUGCAUUUGUAAGACUGGUUACACCACAGACCUCUCAGGAACAGGCUGCAUGGAUCUGGACGAGUGCGCUCAGUCACCCAAACCUUGCAAUUUCAUCUGUAAGAACACAGAAGGCAGCUACUUGUGCUCCUGUCCGAGAGGCUACAUUCUACAAGAAGAUGGAAGGAGCUGCAGGGAUCUUGACGAGUGCUCCACUAAGCAGCACAACUGUCAGUUCCUGUGUGUCAACACUAUCGGCGGGUUUACGUGCAAAUGCCCUCCUGGCUUCACGCAGCAUCACACCAGCUGUAUCGACAACAAUGAAUGUUCUUCUGACCCAUCACUGUGCGGCUCUAAGGGGGUCUGCAAGAAUUCGCCUGGCAGUUUCAGCUGCGAGUGCCAACGAGGCUACCUGUUGGAUUCGAAUGGGGGGAGCUGUAAAGAUGUGGAUGAAUGUGAUGGAAACCAUCGAUGUCAGCAUGGCUGCCAGAACAUGGCUGGUGGCUACCGGUGCAGCUGUCCUCAGGGAUACCUUCAACAUUAUCAGUGGAAUCAAUGCAUCGAUGAGAACGAAUGUCUCAAUUCACACAUUUGUGGGGGAGCCUCAUGCCGCAAUACGCUUGGCAGUUUCCACUGCGUCUGCCCUACUGGAUUCCAGUAUGAACAGUUUAAUGGGGGAUGCCAGGAUGUGAAUGAGUGCUCCACGACUCAGAACCCCUGCUCAUACGGCUGCAUGAACACCGAUGGCGGCUACCUCUGCGGAUGUCCAACUGGGUACUACAGGGCUGGACAAGGGCACUGUGUAUCUGGUGUUGGUUUUGGAAAAGGAGGACAAUUGAUGACUGCAGCUGAAGAAACAGAUGAGAAUGCACUUUCACCAGAGGCUUGUUAUGAGUGUAAAAUUAAUGGCUAUCCCAAGAAGGGCAGAAGACGAAGGAGUGUCAAUGGGACAGAACCUGAGGCUGAAGCUGACGUGCAGGAGGAGCACAGCCCGGUCAGCAUGGCAAGCCUGGACAUCGACGACCAGCUUGUGUUUAACUUCACCAUCAGCGACUUGAGAAAGAAGGAGCACAUUUUGGAGUUUGUACCCGCCCUCACCACGAUGACCAACCACGUGCGAUACUCGAUCGAGAGCGGUAAUGACGAUGGCUUCUUUAAAAUCAAUCAGAAGGAGGGAAUCAGUUAUCUGCACCUGACCAAGAAGAAACCUCAGGCUGGAGCCUACUCCUUACAAAUCAGCAGUUCCUCACUGUAUAAAAAGAAGGAACUGGAGCUCCUGGAAAGCAAACACGACAAAGACUACCUCAGCGGUGAGCUUGGCGAAAACCUGAAAAUGAAAAUACUCAUUGUUCUUCAUUAACUGUGCAGGUGACAAAAUUCAAAUUAAAAGGAAACAAAUGAUUGCUUAUGCCAAAGAAAAGAAAACCAAAAACACAACCAACCAAAGUGGACGAACUAUUCUAUUAACGAACUUCCAAGCAGAUUCUACAUAUCAUGGAUACAAAUGUCAUUAUGUUGAUGCGCCAAAAAGCCCCACCAUCGAUGGAGAAGAGACAGCGGGAAUAGGUACAAAACGCAAACGCCAACCAAAGAACAUCGACCACUUUACUCAGGCUUUGUAAUUCUUGAAUACGCCCACAGCCGUAUGAUGAUAUGUCGAAUCUUAGAAACACUACCUGGGGACGCGUUUUUUUGUUUUGUUUUCGUUUUGUAUGUGGGUAAGGCACCAAUGCUGUGGCCUUUCACCAGUUCAUUGCUCGGACAAGAAGGACGGUCUGAUGUUAUCCUGAUUUUUUUGUUUCAACUCACUAGAUCAGCAAUUUAUUAUAUUCCUUGGUGCUAGUUACAAGAGAUCCUUGAUUUACAAAUGCACUGUAAUAUUUUACAAACUUGGUAGCGGAAAUGCAAUCUCUAUUCAGUCCAAAUAAUAUUUCAGUUUCUUCUUUUUGCAACCAACCCAAGUUAGCUCAAUAGCUUCUUUCAGUUAUGCCUAUAAUAAAUACAUGUAAAUUAA